AUAAGUUUAUUUGUACAUUUGCAAAUGGGUGUAUUUGUAGAACACAAUUUCAUCUGACUGGAAUAAUUGAUCCUACAGCAUGAAAAGAGAAUGUUAUUUUUCAUUUAUUCUUUAUUAUAAUUGUACUCAGGUCCCCUUUUUAUGCUCAUAAAUGGCAAUCGUUUUAUAUGGUCAAAAUAAAUGGCUGCAAUGACGGGUUUGGCAUGGUAGAGUAUGAUGUUCAGAAGAACAUCAAACUCCAUUGAUGACCUCAUUUUCAGAACAGAGAAGAUAUCAAGGCUGCCAUCAAGGUUUCGGAACAGCUAAAUUGACGAUGAAGACUGCUACUAUUUCCAGGCCGCAGUCCAUUUUCAAACGGGCCUGGAGAGGAUUUUCGCCCAACGGUAACCCUCCCUUCCAUUUCUCUGCUUUUCACAAUGGUGUUUCUGUUAGCCAAAACAUUCAUGAAUCCUACUUGCAUCAUGACAAAUCAAACUUUACUAGAAUCGAGAACUUUGGUGACGCAAUUCUAUUGUACCGUCACAUGGUCCGGAUUCAUCCCCGUCCUCCCACCGUCCAAUUCAACCAUCUCUUGAAUGCCAUUGUGAAGAUGGGCCGCCACAGUGAUGCCGUAGCUCUGUUUAGGGACAUCUUUGCAUCCGGAACUCCGAUAAAUCAGUUCACGCUAAACAUUGCUGCGAAUUCCCUUGCCCGUUUGCACAGAGUAGAUUUGGGUUUUUCGUUUUUAGGCAUCCACUUGAAGCUCGGUCUCGUACCCAAUGUCGUUUUCUUCACCACCUUACUAAAAGGGUUGUUCCUUCAAGGUAGGGUUCGAGAUGCUAUUUGGUUGUUUCACAAGUUAUCAAAUGAGAAACUGUGCGAGCUAGAUGAAAUGACGUUGCUGGUACUGAUUGAUGGCCUCUGCAAGGCAGGACACACAGGAAAGGCUAUGAAGUUGUUUCGUUUGUUUGACGAGGAAGGGAAUUGCAAGCUAAAUGUAUAUGCGUAUAGCGCCAUCAUUGAUUCUUUGUGCAAGGAUAAAAUGGUGGAUGAUGCCCUUGUCUUGUUUGACAAGAUGAUGAAAAAGGGCAUUCCUCCGAAUACGGUGACUUAUAAUUCCCUAAUGGACGGACUCUGCAAAUUUGGUCGAUGGGAGGAGGUCAAAGGGUUACUGGAAAGAAGGAUGGACUGUAAGGUUCCUCUCACGGUUCGUACAUACGCCAUUUUAGUUGAUGGGCUUUGCAAGGAAGGACGGGUCGGUGAUGCUGCAAACAUCGUAGAUAUAAUGGUUCAAGAAGGUCUAGAUCCCGACACGGUCACGUUUAGUGCUUUAGUGGAUGGAUAUUGCAAACAAGGAAACAUGAAAGCUGCAUUGGAGCUCUUCAACGAUAUGAUACGUAGGGGAUGUGGCCCCGAUAUUUGCACUUACAAUAUUCUAAUAAAUGGGUAUUUCAAGAACGGGUGUUCAGAAAAGGCCAUGCAGUUAUUUGACGAAAUCCAUAGCAUUGGUUUAAAGCCAACCGUUGUUACGUACAACACUAUGUUGGACGGCUUAUUUCGUGUAGGGAGAUGUGUUGAUGCCGAGAAGCUUUUUAAUAAAAUGGUCAAAAACCGAGAGCAUCCGGAUCUCUUCACCUACAAUAUUAUUUUGGAUGGUUUCUGCAAGAACCAUCAUGUUCCUCAAGCGCUUUCUUUACUGAGGGCAAUGGAAACUAAAGGUCCCACACCCGAUAUAGUUUGCUAUACUACAAUCAUCAAUGGACUAUUCAAUUACGGAAAAUCACGCCGUGCAAUAGAACUGUUCAACACCCUUCCCGCUAAAGGUCUGCAGCCAAAUAAGUUCACCUACAUAAGUGUGAUAAGCCGAAUUUGCCAAGAGGGCUUGUUAGAAGAUGCGAAAAAUAUGCUUAAGGAGAUGGAGAAAAAUGGUUUGAUGCCAGAUAGUAUGGCAUACAAUGUACUGAUUCGUGGGUUACUGGAAAAAAACGAGCACUGUGAUGCUAUAUUACUUUCGGAGGAGAUGUUGAGCCACGGAUUCUCACCUGACAAUAGAACUUGUGAGAUUUUACUUGAACUAAUCUUACAAAGAGGACCAGAUUCCACUUUGCUGCAUACGCUUCUGAACUCCCGUAAACCUGGAGAUAGCUUUGAACUGCCACCGAAUCAUUACUCAACCAUGUUUUCCCUCUCUUCUUGAGGAAUUCUUCUCUAAUAGGAGCUAGUUAAUCUUCUUCAUGUUCAUUCAUUUAUAUUUGAAGAAGUAUAUUAAAGUGGGCAUAUCUGACUUGAAUGCAAUUGUAGCUAUCUGACUGUUAAUAUUUGACAUUAAAGGCACACAAUUUUC